CGGGUUCGGAUGUGUCGGUCGGUCCGACCAGUGCGGGAUAGGUCGUGGUCAAACGUGGCACACACUCAACAGGAGAAGGACAUUAAAGCUCCAGUGCCGGACGUGGAGUGAGGGUGCGUGUGUGUUUGAAGAAAAAAGAACAAUAUAGAUGGUACGCGUCCAAGUCGAACUUGUUGCAUACCGUCAGGGGUAAUCAGAGAUGGCGCCAGUGAUCAUUUCGUGAUUACAACGUCCGUUUGUCAGUGGUGACGUUGGGGUAUCGUGUACGGAAGGAAGGCAAAAAAGUGUCUCCAUUUGAGGAUGUGUUGUAGAUUGCAGAUGAUGUAGAUUGCGCUAUAGAUUAUUCAUAGGCGUUUGAAGUACGUUGCACUCGUCGUCUGGUCGUCGUUCGGCCAAUGCAAUCUGCCUAGUUGACAAUUACUAGUUGAAGUGCCGUUACACUUCAAGUGUUCCAGUAAACAGGAUUGAACACAAUUAGCACGCACCACUUAGGGCGAGGAUGUUACCAUAUUGAAGACCAUCGAGUCCUGUGAACCCAUCAACGCAGAUCCCGCGGUCAUCUGCAACAUCGAGAGCUGUACAUAAACCACUAGAUCGCGUUAUCCCGGCCACAUCCCACAGCGUCACACCAUGACCCUCAUCGACGGCCUGCUGGGCCGCGAUCCCUCCUCAUCUUCGGUGACCCAGUUCGAGGUGAUCGUGUACGGAGCCGUGUCCUUCUUGAUCGUGUCCAUCCUGGGGCUGCUCAUCUACAUCACCUGCUCGAAGCGGUACCGACUGAACUGGUUCGAGAACAACCUGCUGGAAACGGACCGCGAGCGGGAAGCCCGCAAGCACGACCCAAGCCACGUCACGUGUCCCAUUCCGUACAACGUGGACGCCGUGGCCGGAUCUUCACGAUACCUGAACCGGAACAACGGCAGCCCGCUGGCCAAGGCCGACGAUCCGCCCUUUUGGGCCUCGCAAGGAAUCUACAAGAAACCGAGCAACACGGGACAGCUUAUCGAUUCAUCCGAUGAGGAAGCCCCCGACGACAGUGCGGACUCGUCCAGCAGCUGCAUGUCGGUGAUCGCCGUCGGUUCGGUUCCGAUCGCCCGGACCGACAAACACGUGGUGCUGAGCACUACGAGUCCGGCGAGGCCGACCACGGCAACGGUGAAGGCAAAAAAUAACCAAUCCAAAGGCAGUGCCGGUGGAGGUGGCCACGAGAUUGUGGAUGGUGCAGCGGACUUGCUGCACUCUCCGGUGAAGAUCGACUCGGACGAUGAGUCGCGCGGAGCGAUCCACCUGACGCUCACCCAUGACCCGAGUGCGGGGAUCCUGAACGUGAAAUUAGUUGAGGCUCAGGAUCUGCAGCCGCGCGACUUCAGCGGAACGGCGGAUCCGUACGCAAAGAUAAGACUGCUUCCAGAUCGCAAUAACAUGUGGCAAACUAGAAUACACAAAAAGACACUGAAUCCAGUAUUCGACGAGGACUUUGUGUUCGAGGUCCGGCCGGCCACGAUCGGCCGGCGCACCCUCGAGGUGCUCCUGUUCGACUUUGACGCGUACUCGCGCCACGUGGUCAUCGGCGGAGCCCAGCUACCGCUGGCCAACGUCGACCUGUCCGACCGGAUCGACCUGUGGCGAGCGCUUGGACCGUGCAGCGAAACGGACACCAAACAAGAGCUGGGCGACCUGAUGAUCUCCCUGUCGUAUCUUCCAUCGGCCGAGCGGCUCACCGUGGUCAUCAUCAAGGCCCGCAGCUUGCGCGCCAUUGACGCAACCCGCGGUUCCUCGGACCCGUACGUCAAGGUUUCCCUGCACAACGCGGACGGUAAACGGCUGAAGAAGCGCAAAACGACCGUGGCGCGGAACACGGUGGCACCGGUCUACAACGAGGCCCUGUCGUUCGAUAUCGCCAAGGACGCGCUCAAAAGCUGCUCCAUCGAGCUGCAGGUCCUGCACGACAGUCUGCUCGGGAAGAACGAAGUUCUGGGCCGAGCCACCAUCGGAACCGGGCCGGACGUGCGCGCCGAAGAUCAGGCGUUCUUCGAGGAACUGUUCCGAAACCGGUCCGCCACCGCCCAGUGGAUCGUGCUGACCGACUGGCGGACCCCAGCCAAACCCUCGUCGGCAAAGUGAACUCCCGCGACUCGAACCUUGCUGCAAAAACAACAAGAAAACAACAAGCAAAUCUAGCACAGCUAACUUUUCAUACAAACGUCCAAUGUACCUAACUCUAUUUGCUGACUGUUGAAUUGGCAAGGAAAAUGAAGCAAACAAAUUGUAACUCUGUUAAAUGUUUAACCAAAACCGUUACCUAUAUAACAUCAGUGUAAACACACAAACCUUAAACCGGUCGUAUAAGAAAGUGUUGAUUCUUCCUCCAAACUUGUUGAAUAUAAAACCCAAGCGUCUAUCAUAUUUAGCUUAGAUAUUCUAAACUUAUACACAGACACACCUUUUUAAGGCUUGUUUUGUAGCUUUUGAGAUUUUACGUAACUAUCGAUCCCCAGAAUCCCAGUAUAAAGUAUCCCAAAAACAAAGUUGAAACUCGAUGUGACUGCAAAAUGGUUUAUCUUUACACUAUAUACAGAAUAUAUAUUGCGUAGAAUUGAACUCCAAAAGAGGCAGGAAAUCAAAGAGGGAAAUGUUUACAGAAGAAGGGAAUAUAUAUAUAUAUAUGAAAUAUAUAUACAUACUAUAGUAAAACAAAAAGAAACAAGCAAAAUCUGCUAAUAAAACAAUAUAUCAAAAAACACAAAAACCAAUAUACAAACAAGCUGUAUGAUAAUUCUUAAUAUUUACUUAAUGUUAUAAAAACAAACAAGAUACCAAUAAAACAAGAGGUAUGUACUUAU